CAUACCUAGUAUGUCGGCCAUGCCCAUGGUCCCCGUAUCAUUGUCCGCUCGCACGUCCGCUGCUGGCUUCACUCGCUCGGCACAGCACCAAGCCGUCUAGCACCCCGGGGCUUAUAAUUGAGUUUGACAGGGCUGUGGUAUAGCGUCCCCAACGGUCCGCCCCCCUGGCCGUCAUUAUACUUACUCGCGGCGCCCUUCCCACACCCCCUCGAGGUAGGGAGAGGGAUAAAAAGGAGAGAAGACACACAUCGCGGGACGGGCGACCACCACUAUGCGCGCGUGCAGAACCAGCCGCCGCUCGCAUCGCAGCCCAACACCGACCCGCAGUCCAGUCCUCCGCGCUAGCCGCCCAGGAACACAAUGGACGAAAACAAAGGCCCCAGCAUCGUGGCGACCGCCUGGUCCUUCACGGCCGCGUCGUUCCUCUUCAUGGCCCUGCGCUUCUGGGCCAAGGUCUCGCGGUCCGAGGGCUCCCUCUGGUGGGACGACUGGAUCCUGCUGAUAUCCUGGGUCCUCACGUACGCGACGGCCCUCCUCAACACCAUCAUGGUGUACGCGCUGGGCUCGGGGCGGCACAUCUUCGCCGUCGACCCCCGCAACCUAGGCCCCAUCACGCUCAUGGCCAACAUCGCCGGCACGACAUCGAUCCUGGCCGCGCAGCUGAGCAAGACGUCCUUCGCCAUCACGCUCCUCCGCAUCGCGAUCGACCCCUGGAUCCGCGCCGCCGUCUGGUUCUCCAUCGUCACCAUCAACCUCACCAUGACGGCCAACUUCAUGGUGCAGUGGCUGCAGUGCUACCCGUCGGAGCGGUACUGGAAUCCGUCCGUGCCGGGCACCUGCUGGACCCCCGGCGUCCAGUCCAUGAUCUCGCUUGUCAUGGCCGCCUACUCGGGCGCCAUCGACAUCCUGCUGUCGCUGGUCCCAUGGAAGAUUGUCAUGUCGCUGCAGAUGAAGCGCGCCGAGAAGAUCGGCGUCGCCUCGGCCAUGAGCAUGGGUAUCUUUGCUGGUGCCGCCGCAUGUAUCAAGGCUGCCUACAUACCAGGGCUAGCGGCCGGCGACUUCACUUUCGACUCGGCCGAGCUGUUGAUCUACUCGUACGUGGAGAUCGGCCUGAGUAUCAUCGCCGCGUCUAUUCCGGCCAUGAGGGUGCUGGUUCGCGACAAAAUCAACUCCACCAGACAACCCUCCAAGGGAACCGUGCAGUCCCAGACCUUGGUAUCAAGGCCCAUGACUGCAAGGCAAAGAAGCGACCUCGAAGCUCUGGCGCCCAACCAAAUACGCCAAAAACUGUCAUUUACCGUCGAGUACGAGCGCGAUAGUCCCCCUAGUGGGCGGCCCAAUAAUUUUGUCGAAAAGACCCUGUGAUACCCAAGUUUGAGUUGAGGAUAGGAAGUCUCGUUGCGUCAAACAGUUACGAAACAAUAAACUUUACAAAGCCCGAACAUAGUAAUACCAUAAGUUUAGAUACAUGGCUUAGAAGAAAACACACCUGAGAAGUCCCUAGCUGAAUUCCAAUUUGGCCCGCUCUCUGUCUCUUGACCGG